AACAGGCCCUGAGGCUUCUUCCCAGUCCCACGGCCACUCCCGUACGUCCCCUGUGCCAUAGCUAGAUUUUGACAAUUCAGCUUCCUCAGGUUUUUGGGGCACCCGGUGAAGAUACCUAAGCGCCUGGUUUCCCCGGGAGCGGCGGAAUUCACCUCGCACGGCCGCCACCAGCGCCCGCCUCGGGAAGCGGGGCAAGCUGAGGCACGGCCGGGCGGGCGGGCGCCAUUUGCAGGACAACAAAAGGCCGUAGCGCUCCCACAACCCCCGGGCCGGCACCGCGCAUCCUCGGGUGCCACCUACCGGAAGCGUGACUAUGAAGGGUUUCUGUGUUCUCUGCUGUUGCCUGCAGAAUCUCGAACCUCUGCUUUUGCUUUGAGAGCUUUCAAUGUGGAACUGGCUCAGGCAGAUUAAAGACUCCAUAACUCAGAAGACUACAGGUUUCAUGCGAAUGCAGUUCUGGAGGGAGGCUGUGGAAGACAUAUACUGUGAUAACCCACCACAUCAGCCCGUUGCUACAGAACUGUGGAGGGCUGUCAAGAGGCAUAAAUUGACUAAAAUGUGGUUUAUGAAGAUCAUUGAUGAAAGAGAGAAGAAUUUGGAUGAUAGGGCGUACCGUAAUAUCCAGGAGCUUGAAGCAUAUGCUGAGAACACUCAAAGUGCCCUCUUGUACCUCACCUUGGAAAUGCUGGGUGUGAGGGAUAUCCAUGCUGACCAUGCAGCCAGUCACAUUGGGAAAGCACAAGGCAUAGUUACCUGUUUAAGAGCAACUCCGUAUCACAGUAGAAGACAAAAGGUCUUUCUUCCCAUGGACAUUUGUAUGUUGCAUGGAGUUUCACAAGAGGAUUUCAUAAGAGGCAAGCAAGAGAAAAAUGUGAGAGAUGUAAUUUAUGACAUUGCCAGCCAAGCCCAUAUUCAUCUAGAACACGCUAGAUCUUUCAGUAAGAAAGUUCCUGUGAAGGCAUAUCCUGCUUUUUUCUGUACGGUUGCUUUAGAUGAUUAUUUAUGUAAUAUGCGAAAAGUGGACUUCAAUAUAUUUCAUCCAAGCUUACAAAAGAGGAGUACAUUAUUACCAUUGCAUUUAUAUAUUAGAUCUUGGAAAAAAACAUAUUAAAGUUUGGUUUUUUUAAUAUGG